AUGAGAACAUCGACGCUCCUGAUGAACAUGAGUCCAGCGACGCUCCUGAUUCCUCUGCUGAUCCCCCCGACCCUCUGGCUGUCUCUCUGUAGCCUAGCGGACGGUGAGGGACUUCAGCUUGUGGGAGACUACUACAUCGCAGGGUUGUUUCCUCUCCAUAAUACGGACGCUGGCGUCUCCGGCCAGCCCUAUUUGAGAGACUGCAAAGAAGGGCUUUCAAACAAACAUGGGUACCACUUACUGCAAGCCAUGAGAUUUGCUGUGGAGGAGAUCAACAACAACACAAGCCUCAACCUUCUGCCUGGAGUCACAUUAGGGUACCAGACCUAUGACACAUGCUCCCGGUCGGCCAGCACACUAGCCACGCUGGACCUCCUGAUACAACAGUCCAACGGGACGCAGCCCGGACAGAGGGCGGUGGCUGUGGUCGGGCCCGACAGCAGCAGCUAUAGCUUCACUCCAGCCGCAGCGCUGGGUGCCUACCUGGUGCCACAGAUAUCUUAUGAAGCUUCAAAUGAAAUGCUGAGUAACAAAGUCCUGUACCCUGCGUUCUUCCGCACCAUUCCAAGUGACAAAAAACAGGUGAAUGCGAUGAUACAGAUUCUUGUCAAAUUCAACUGGACCUGGGUCGCUAUUCUUGGCAGUGACAAUGAGUACGGCCUACAGGGCAUGCAGAGUUUGUCAGAGCAGGCCUCAGACUACGGGAUCUGUGUCGCUUAUCAGGGGGUCAUACCAGGCUACAGUAAAGACACCAAAGAACACAUGAGAGACAUAGUCCAAAACAUCAUCAAAACAAAAGUGAACACCAUAGUGGUUUUCUCCAGCAAGAGGAUAGUCAGCGGCUUCUUCCCGUUCGUCAUUGAACAGAACGUCACGGACAAAGUGUGGAUAGGAACCGAGGACUGGUCAGUGGUGACGUUAGUGUCGGCCAUACCCGGCAUCCAGUCCAUCGGGACUGUCCUGGGUGUGUCAUUGAAAUACUCACCCCUGUCUGGUUUCAGUGAUUUCGAGAAGCGGUCUCUUUUGAUGCUCAACAAUAGCCAGGGUUUGAAUGCCAAGGAGACCCUGAGUGUAAGUUGUUUGCAGGACACAGACCUCCUGACCAUGGCGUCUCAGAACUACCCGUUGCUGAGUUACGACAUCAUCUCGUCCUUUAAUGUGUACAAAGCUGUGUACGCCAUAGCACACGCACUGCACAAGACCCUUGGGUGUAACACAGGCGGAUGCCAACACACAGAGGUAGAACCGUGGGAGGUUUGGAAAAUGCUGAAAACUGUCAGGUUCUCUGUCAGGAACACAUCGGUGUAUUUUGAUGAGAAUGGUGACCCCCCUACUAGCUAUGACAUUGUCGCCUGGGUCUGGGUGGGGGAACAGUGGACUUUGCAUGUGGUCGGGGACUACAGCCCAGAUCCACCUGCUCUGUGGAUCGAUUCAACCCAGGUACCAUGGAGGACCGGUGGGACGGUGCCCACGUCGGUGUGCUCCCCUCAGUGUCCCGAGGGCCAUCGGAAGCUACUGACUGGACAGCAUAAGUGCUGCUUUGACUGCAUGGCAUGUCCCGCUGGCACGUUCCUCAACAAAACUGGCACCACCAACUGCCAGGACUGUGAGUUGGAUCAGUGGUCAGUGGCAAAAAGUGAGGAGUGCCUGGCACGGACAGUGAUGUACCUGCCAUGGGAGCACCCCUUGGGCAUCGCCCUGCUCCUGCUGCUGGCCGUCACCUUGCUGCUCACGCUGGGCACGGCCCUGGUCUUCCUGCUGCACCUGGGCACGCCCGUGGUCAAGUCGGCCGGUGGCAAGAUGUGCCUGGUGAUGCUGCUGUCGCUCACGGUCGCCGCGUCCAGUGCCCUGUGCCACUUCGGCCACCCGAGCAAGCUCGGCUGCCUGCUCAAACAGCCACUGUUCGUCUGCGGCAUCACCGUCUGCCUGUCCUGCAUCACCGUCCGAGCCCUCCAAGUGGUCUGCAUCUUUAAGUGGUCCUCCAAGCUGCCCCGCUCCUACGAGACCUGGUCCAAGAGCCACGGCCCUGAGGCGCUGAUUGGCAUGGUCUCGGCCUCGGUGCUUCUCAUCUCCGUGCUGCGCAUCGUCCUGGAUCCUUCGCUCCCCGUCUACGACCACGACUUCUACUUUGACAAGACCGUAGAGGAGUGCAGCAAAACCAUGUCAGCUGGGGCCUUCGCAGAGAUGGUCUAUGUAGUUAUACUCAGUGUCCUCUGUUUCUGCCUUAGCUAUAUGGGCAAAGACCUGCCAGCCAAUUACAAUGAGGCCAAGUGUGUGACCUUCUGCCUGAUGAUGUACAUGGUGUCCUGGGUCUCGUUCAUCACCUUCUACAGCAUCAACAGAGAGAUCUAUGCAGUGGCUAUGCAUGUGGGUGUUAUACUCGUGAGCGUGCUAGGAAUUCUAGGUGGCUAUUUCCUGCCCAAGGUGUACAUUAUUUUAAUCAAGCCACAAAUGAACACCACCGCCCACUUCCAAAACUGUAUUCAAAUGUACACCAUGACUAAACAGUGACUAAGCAGGUUUGGCAUACCAAUAGAGCAGUGACACAAAAUGGUAGGUAAUGUAAUCCAUUACAAUAUUUGCAUUAGUUUAGUCGAUAUAGUAAUGUAUUAUAUUUAUGAACAGCAUAAAACUAUAUUUAGUCAAAUGUACUCCUGUAAAAAUUAUCCAGCCUUACACAUUUGUGUUAUACUGCACUCCAGUGGUCAGAUGAAAAAGAGCACCUUGAGGCAGCUGCAACAUUGUUCAAAGACUAUGUGCUAUUCAAACAUUUUAUGGCUAUUGUAUAGGUACUUUUCUCUUUCCUUAGGCUAUUUGAACACAUUAAAGUCUUCACAUAGUGAAUGGGUACAGCCUAAAAUGCUGGUGCUGUUGAUCAUUCAAUUAUAAAGUUUUAAACUGGGUCACAAAGGGGGAUUAUCUAAACCUGCUUGAUUAGCAAGAGCAUAAUACAUUUGGUCAAAACAAGCUCUAUCUGUUGCAAAGAGAGAAAACGCAACACAACCCUGAGCGGCAGCUGGCUGUGUGAAUGUCUUUUUUCCUAAGUCUGUUGGGCAUAUGCCCUCUUGUGUGGAAGAAAAGGUGGCAGUUAUGUGGGCAGGCCUGAAAGCGGUUUGCUGGCACGGGUUGGGUUUUUAAGGCGGCAAUUGCCCGGGCAUGUGUGCCCAUGUUUUUGAUAAUAGGCAAAACCUGAGAAAGGGGUUUAAUGAAGCAGCUGGGUAAAUCUAGCUCUUGCUCAGCUCCAAACAGAUGUCCAAAAUCCUGUUGUUGUUUUUUUUCUUCUGUUUUGUAGU